UUAUCUGCGUGAAGUCGUGACUCAUUUGUUAUAAAGACAACUGACCAAUCAGCGAGCAGGAUCUGCUGUUCAGGAAACGCUGCCUGGUUUCCACCUGCAGACAAGAAGCCUCGAGACCGAGCCAGUCUCAUCUAAAAGGCUGGAAGAAGGACUGUCGCGGCGAGCAGCGAUGGUUUGCGGCGGAUUCAUUUGCACCAAGAACGCACUCUGCGCUCUCAAUAUAGUCUAUGUUUUGGUGGGUCUGCUGCUAAUCGGAGUGGCAGGCUGGGGGAAAUGGUUGGACUUGGUCUCCAGCAUCAGGGUGGUGGCAGGGGUCAUCGGCGUGGGCAUCUUCCUGUUUGUGGUUGCCUUUGUGGGGCUGUGCGGCGCCCUGAAGCACCACCAGGUCCUGCUCUUCUUCUACAUGAUAAUCCUGUUCAUAGUGUUUGUCGUGCAGUUUUCUGUGUCCUGUGCUUGUCUGGCACUGAAUAAAGAGCAACAGAACCACCUGCUGGAGGUUGGAUGGAACAAAUCCGAGGCCACUCAAAAGGACCUUGAGAAAACACUUGACUGUUGUGGCUUCCUUUCUGUUCCAGUCAAUGGCUCAUGUGCAGCUAGAUGCUUUCACAACCCUCAAAUGACUUGUGACACGUGCUCAGACAUCAUCCAGCGGUAUGCUGGAGAUGUGCUACGGUUUGUUGGUGGUAUCGGACUCUUCUUCAGCUUUACAGAGAUCCUCGGAGUUUGGCUCGCCCACAGAUACAGAAAUAUCAAAGAUCCUCGCACAAAUCCCGGAGCCUUUCUAUAACCACACACAAUUUAAUAAACCCAAAAAAUUGCACUGCUGUAUAAUUGUUUUUCCCUUUUUUUGGAAAUCACAUUUACAUUUGUAAGAUUUAAAGUGAGACUUCAACUUUUGCUGUAGCUGCAACUUGAGUGACAAUGAAAGGAUAAUGAUGGCAGUUUAACAGUAAUGUUCCAAGUUGGGUUUUAUUGCUUAACAAUUCAACAGUUUGCUUUAAUUGCUGCUCGAUUACCUUCAUUGUAAUGAUACUUUUCUUGCUGUGAAUAUUGCCCUUUUUUAAAGGAGUAGUUUAACAUUUAGGGAAAUCGGAGUGUUCACUUUCUUGUAAAUUUCAUGUAAAUAUGAAGCUACCAACAAAGCCUGGAAGAUGGGGUAAACGGCUAGACUGGCUCUGUCCAAAGGUAACAAUAUCCACCUGCUGGCACCUCUGAAGCUCACUAAUUAACAUCUUGUUUGUUUUUAAUCCAUACAAAAACUAUUCUCCGCAAAUUAACGUAAUUCCCAAAAUAUCAAACUGUUACUUUAAGUGAAACCUGAUACAUGUAUGGACUAUUUCAUUCUAAUCUGUCUCAAAGCGAUAGACGAUAACAGCAGCUGUGUAUGCUCACCAUACACGCACCUUAUGCAAAUAAACUGCAGGUUAGCACUGCGAUGACUGGACGAAUACACAUUGGUUUGGUUUGCAGACAGUGGAUUUGGGUGUAGGGUGUCCUUAACAGCAGGAAAAUAUCAAAUUAAAGUCACACCUGUUGCUCCUUGGACAUACUGUUAUGAAGCCAGGUUUGUUUUGGUUUUAUGUAUUUAUUGCUUUUUGUUUCCUGUUCAAAACACAUCUGAACAUUAUGAAUUCAUACUUAAUGUUUCGUAACAUUGUCUUUUUCCUUCAUUGUCUAAAAUAAACAUGCAGAGUUGCAACA